AUGAAAUUUUUUCUGCGAACUUCCGCGAUUUCAGCAGUGUUCAUGCUCCCGCACAUCACUGAUGCUUUAAAUGUGAGAAUGUAUGGCAUGAAUUACAAUACGCGUAAGGGAUGCGAUUGGGAACCCGAAAACAUCAAAUGCAAGUCCGCGACUGAAGUGCAGAGGGACUUGUAUGCAUUGAAAACAGUUACUGACCGAGUGCGUAUCUACUCGCUCGUCGACUGCAAUCAAGCGGAGCACGUACUUCCAGCUGCCAAAAAUGCCGGUUUGCAAGUCGAGCUUGGAAUCUGGACAACUGCCAGUCAUGAUUUUCUUUUGCAAGAGAAGGCCAAGCUUGCCUGGCUCAUUGACACAGGAUUAUACGACAACAAUGUAAUCGCUUUGCAUGUUGGCAGCGAGACCAUCUAUCGCAAGGAGAUCACAGCCACCACUGCCAUCAAUUACAUGAACGAAAUUCGUGACUAUCUUCGGAGCCGCGGAUUUCAAACGCCUGUGACCAUUGCUGAUGUGAUCGACAUCUACUAUGAAAACCCGCAACUUGUUGAUAUGGUUGACUUCAUUGCUGUAAACAUGUUCUCAUAUUGGGAAGGGGUGCAUGUGAAUGACGGCACGUCAAGAACGCUUGACCGCAUCCGUGCUAUCCGUGUUACAGCUGUAAACAAGAACAAGGUUAUGAUUCUCUCUGAAGUCGGAUGGAGCUCGGGAGGCUACAACACGACGACAGGCGAGUCUUCCCCUGCCGCCCAGGCCAAAUUUUUUUCGGAAUUUUUUCAAAUUGCUCGCGCGAGCAACAUCCUUUUCUACUGGUACACUGCCUUUGACUCAGAGUGGCGUGUGAGGAAUGGCGGAUACGAUGUAGAGCGUCACUUCGGAGUUUUCAGGGAAGACGGCAGUAUGAAACCCAAUUUCGAGCAGCUACAAAUCGGCUGGAUGGAGCCUACUGUCAUUCGCAGUUCUGUGACGAACAUGCUGCUGUCCACAAAGGAUGAAAGCAUCUUCAUGUCAGCUAAGGUCAAUGAUUGGCUGGUGAAAGAGCAGCAAACGUGGUUUUUUGAUCAGUACACUCAACAGGUGCGUUCGCAAUACAGCGAUCAUUGCCUGGAUGCAUACCAGCCUUGGGAUGGAGGCAUUGUACAUCCUUAUAGCUGCAUCGACGACGAAAAGAACCAAAAAUGGAGAUACGACAAGGAUACCAACAAGCUUGUACACGCGACUUACAACGGAAUGUGUUUGGACGUGGACCCGGCACGGAACAACAUAGUGCAGCUGUAUGGUUGUUCGCCCAACAAUCCGAACCAACAAUGGGUCGUCCUCACAUGGUCAGACUCUUAA